CUUCGUCCUCUCUUACUCUGUACUUGGCACUUGCGAGAGAGAGAGAGAGGGAGAGAGAGGGAGGGACGAUAAAGAGAGCAAGAAGGAAUUAGUCGCCGGUAGGCUGUAGCUUUAGUUCUCGGAUAUAUUCAAGCGAUUAGAAAUGGCGUCAAGACCUAUUGUUCCACCACAACCCAAAGGUGGGGCUGUAGUUGGAGGCAAGCAGCAGAAGAAUGAUGCCGGAGCAAGAAACCGCAGAGCACUCGGUGAUAGGAAUGUGGUAAAUAUCAAAGGAAUCGAAGGCAAGCCUAAUCGUCCCAUCACAAGGAGUUUCUGUGCUCAACUGCUAGCAAAUGCGCAAGCUGCUGCAGCUGCCGAGAAUAACAAGAAACAAGUUUGUGUUAAUGUGGAUGGGGCCCCACUUCUUCUUGAUGGAGUUGCAGCAGGUAAGAAAGCCGGGGCACCAAAGCCACCGCAGAAGAAAGCCAUCGUUAAGCCGAAAGUCGAGGAAGUAAUCGUCAUAAGCCCAGAUACACAGGACGAUGACGCUAAGUCCAAGCUAGAAAACCCUGUGAACAAGAAAAAUGAUGGAGAAGGAAUGUCUAGAAAGAAAGCACAUGCUUUUACUUCGGUCCUUACUGCUCGUAGCAAGGCUGCUUGUGGUUUGACCAAAAAACCUAAGGAGCAGAUUGUCGAUAUUGAUGCAGCCGACGCCGGUAAUGAACGGGCUGCUUUGGAAUACGUUGAGGACAUAUACAAGUUCUAUAAAUUAGUUGAGAAUGAGAGUCACCCUCGUGACUACAUAGACUCGCAGCCUGAGAUCAAUGAAAGUAUGAGAGGGAUUCUGGUGGAUUGGCUGAUAGAUGUCCAUAGGAAGUUUGAACUGUCUCUCGAAACUCUUUAUCUGACAAUCAACAUAAUCGACCGGUUCCUGGCAAUUAAGACAGUGCCCAGGAAGGAAUUGCAGUUGGUGGGCAUCGGUGCGAUGCUCAUGGCCUCCAAGUAUGAAGAAAUAUGGCCACCUGAGGUCAAUGACUUUGUACACCUUUCAGACAGCGCUUACACCAAUGAACAGAUUCUUGUAAUGGAGAAAAUUAUACUUGGCAAGCUGGAAUGGACCUUGACUGUGCCUACACCAUAUGUAUUCCUCGUUCGUUUCAUCAAGGCAUCUCUUCCUGAUCAAGAUUUGGAAAACACGGUCUAUUUUCUUGCUGAGUUGGGUAUGAUGCAUUAUGCGACCAUAAUGCAUUGCCCAUCAAUGAUUGCUGCCUCGGCAGUCUAUGCCGCUCGUUGCACCCUAAAGAUGAACCCAGCUUGGAACGAGACCCUUAAGCUUCAUACCGGCUUCUCGGAACCACAACUGAUUGACUGUGCUAAACUACUGGUGAGCUUCCACUCGACGGCAGCGAAAAGCAGGCUUCAGGCUGUAUACAGGAAGUACUCAAAUUCUGAACGGAGAUCUGUGGCGUUGCUUUCGCCGGCCAAGGCUCUCUUGCCUGGCGGACUAUGAUCCAAGCGUGCUUUCAAGGCGACAGUUUAAUUGACUUUCUAGAAGAGAAGAGAGUGGUUGUGGGACACGACAGUUUAAAAUACAUAUCUAUGAUCAGUGUAAAAGGCAAAUUUGUUUGCUUUUUUCUUUUUGUCAUUGAUCCUUCUUGUUUCCUGCUUUUAAAAAACGGGAGCAAUCUGUAUUUAGGGUAAAAAAUCAGAAAAUUCUUUCGUUCAAA